AUGUCUGAGGUGAUCGUUGUGGUGGACAGCGAGGAGGAGUCAACGGAGGAGGAGAGAGACGGAGAGGAGAGAGGACAAGAGAUCCAGCAAGACGCUGAGCUACUAGCUCGACACAAGCAGAGGACGGACCAAGUCAACUCUGAGGUGGGCGAGAGAUACGAAGCCGAGAGGGAGAAGCACUGUACAUGGCUGCAGACCAAAGGCAUCGACAAAAGACAAGAGCCAAGCAGAACAAGUGCGCAAAGCAUUCAUCCAAGCUGGGUCCCAGCGGCUCCAUGCAGUGUAGUGGUUUCACCAUCGCGCAGCAUCGUUGAGAUAUCAGACAGUGACGAGGGUGAGGAUGGGAUGGAGAGGAUGGAUGAGAUCGAGCUGAUGCCGAAGCGGAAGGACAUCGAGAACAUUUACCCCGUCAGCAUGAGUGAUGUAAAUCACCAAGACACAAGAGUUGAAAAUGCGAGCGAGUCGCUCAAUAGCGAAAAUGCGCAGGGCAGGAGAGAUGGAAAAGCGCGCAAGGAGAUGAGCAGCGAAGCACAGAAGAGGAAACAAGAAAAGAUGGAAGCGAAAGAGGAGGCAAAACUAGCGAAGGAGGAGGCGAAGAGAAGGAAGCUGCAGGAGAAAGAGAACCUGGCUCUAUCAAGCGGGAGGAAGGCGAUGGAACAUGUUCGGGUAUUGAUGGACGAUAGGUUCGUUGGUUACAUGCGGGACAACGAGUUGCAGGGCAUGGUCGAGCGGCUGGAAAGCUCCAACCUCAUAUGUGUAAAGCGCACAGUAUUCCGACACCGAGGAAGCGAACUGGAGGAGGUGGAGGAAGUGGCGCCACAGCGGCUGCUCGUCUAUCCCGCGCGACAGCUCGUGCAGGAGGUCCAGUCAGAUUAUCUCGUGCACAACGUAGCGCAGCUGAAAGAGAAGGCGCGUCCAUCAAGUCAAAUCAUCUUGUUCAUCAUCGGACUCGAGACAUUCUUGAGGAGCGUCAAGGACAGGAAGAAGCUACGAACCAGCAUCGAAGAGAGCUUGACCAUGGGAUGGAAAGUGCUCAAGAGAAUAAUCGAGGCGAUCGCAGAGGAUCCCUACAAGCAGCCAGUGCCACUGCUGGACAGGUUCAAGGAUCAGCAUUCCUAUGUUGGAAACUCGUCCGAGGUCACGCCCAUGCAGGCGAGGAGCUUCUGCGCUAGAGGCUUGAGGGAUGAAGAAAAUUCAGGCGUUUCUGCGGGCGAUUCCGGGGGUCGGGGAGAAACCAGCGGCCGCCAUUGCAAGCGAACAUGCAAGCCUGCGGUCGUUGGCACAGAUGCCCUUCCGAUGCUCGAGCACCUCUGCGAGGGAGGAAAGGAGGGUUGGGAUCCGAACGAGCGAGAAGAUUUUCCAGGCAUCCUCAUGCUUUACAAGCUGCUCAUCUUCACAUGCACGGAAGGAAGUGCGAUCUUCGAUGGGUGA